CGUAGCUCGGAAGACCGGAAAAUGCACUUACCCUGCGCAUACGCAAACGUUCUCCAUGCGCGAAGACGACUGAGGCGAACUACUUGUCUCUGCGACGGGAAAAUCCGUGAACAAACGAUCAAGGACGUAGCAGGCUCCACCAAGUGCACAGGUUCUGCAGCGGAUGUUCAUAACGGACAACCGGAAGAAAGAGUCGGCAAAAAUGGGUGUAAGGUGAAGCCUUUGAAGGCUUAAGGCAGACAAACCACAUUCGAGGCCAAAUCUGUCAAACACGGUAGAUGCGCGCGGCUUUCUGUGCGCGAGACGCUGCUGAGGACCCCUCUUGAGUGUCAUACCUCUGCGAGAAACGUCACCGAGGCAGAAGACACGAGUCCGAAGGGCAGAAGCGGCCAGUUCCAAUAAAGGCAGAAUAGCUUUAGUCAAGUUGAGCGCCUCCGGUUUCUGGACGCAGAUAAUGACAACAGUCGGCAGCGUGAGAGUCCGGACGCGAUGAGGUUCAUCGAAAGUGUCUGUCGCCCUCGAAUCGAAGAACAAGCUGCAGACGGAAUGCAGAGAACAGGUUUUCCCUUGCUUCCGUUUUGACGCAUUCCCACAGUUGAUUUUGUUGGGAGCGACGGCUGAACUCUGGUUUCCGCUGGCAGUUUCAAGAAGCAGAUUCCGUUUUUCGCGUUCUAAGCGAUUUCGCCCGUGAGACCCUCCCUCGGUGUCUGCGCUGCUUUCCAGUGGGCGUGAGGCGUUUCUGAGCCUACCACAGGCAGAGUCAAUCGAGCCUCUCGGGCCAGGAAUCACAGCGACACAGCCACUUGCUGGUUGCGGAGUUCAGAAGAGAAGCCGCUGAACCGCAGCAAUGAAAGCCUCCUCGGACGCGUCACCUUGUCAACCGGACAACGGUCCUUUCGCAAGUGACUCCGCUCUUCAGCAAAGCGCCAAACCGAACAGGCCGUACGCCUCAAAAGCGUACUGGGAGAGGCGCUUUGAAAAGACGGAGAGUUUCUUUGAAUGGUACGCAGGUUGGAAGCAACUGGCAUUCGUGGUGUUCGACACGGUUCUCCCGGUGCUUCGUGAGCAGCAAGGCCGCUGUCGAGAAAACAGGGAAAGAGACCUGGAUCUGAACUGCUGUGCAGUCGGUGAAGACUGGUCCAACUCUCAAAGACGGUCGGUGCGCGAAGUCUCUGAGAGUACGGAAACAACACCUUCUUGCGGAGACUCCUGCUCCGUGAAAAGCAGACCUGACCACCGAAGCGAAGGAGGGUCAAGCGAGGCGGGCGGUUUUUCCCAAGGCCACAGAUUGACCGUUUUCCACGGCGACCAAUCUGCAACCGAGUUGCCUAAGUGUGAUUCGGAAGUGAACUCGGCAAGCCAGUGGCAGACGCAUCUGAAGCAGCGCAUUCAUCCAGGAGACUCCGCGGGUUCGUAUCGCCCAGCUGUCACCGUGAUGCUCGGCUGCGGGACCUCGUGUCUAUCACUGGACCUCGAAGAACACGGUCGCUUCCCCCUCGUGUUGAACAUCGACUUCUGCAGGAAGCCUCUGGAGCAACUCAGACACCGCGCUCGUUUUCCCCUUUCUUUAGGGUGUCCGUCGUUCCAAGCGACUGCAGGAAAUGGAGUUUCACCUGACGGUUGCAGGGAUGGCGAGCUCUUCAAAGCAUCUGCUUCAGCUUCACAGACCCAGCUGCCUUCCUGGGGGCAAGCAACCCCUGCGGCGUCGGGCGAAUUUCCGAGCAAGACAAAGUCGACGGCCGGGGUUCAGCCUCCUUCCCAUCUCCUGCACAGUUUCGAGAGCGACAGCGAGACACGGAGAGGACCAAACGCCGGCCGAGGGCAGGUCUGGUUAGAAGCGGAUGCAAGAGCCUUGCCGCUGCGAACCGGGUCCGUAGAUCUCGUCAUCGAUAAAGGGCUCCUCGACGCGGUAGCAAGCAGAGAUGGAAAGACUGGCUCAGACGCGGAGACGGCGGCGCGCAUCCGUUCUGUCCUGCAAGAAACGGGACGAGUGCUGGACCCCAAGGGUUGCCUUCUGCUGAUAACACACUCUUCUUCUAAAGCUGUCAAGUAUCUCGCUUGCGCACUCUGCUCGAUGUACGGGGUCGGAAACUCCGGCCUCGAUUCGCUACGAAACAGCACAAAAAACGACCGAGAUCCGCACGCUGUCGCUGACAGGAGCCAGCAAGGCGGCGGAAGGGUCAUGGAGCAAGAGUUGAACUCCUUGCAGGAGGCGGUGCCACCACUGACACAUGCCGUCUGUGAAGCUGAUGAGGCAACACACAGGACCAGGCGUUGUUUGCUCUCACGAAACCAGUGUUCUUGCGGGCAGUACUGGGACAUUCUUCGGGAAGACACUGUAGCGCUCAGUCCCGCUGUCGCUGUAGCAAACCUUGUGAACGUAGCCCUUUCUGGGCACCGCGGCGAAACGCCGAGCCCCCAGGAAUCGACAGGGAACGAAACAGACGCGACACAGUUGCUGGCGAGCAAAGUCGGAAAACCAGGAGAGAACUCAGAGGACAGCGAGGCGACGCAAAGACACGAGAGAAAUGCUGCCAUCCGCCAGUGGCAGACACUUCAGAUCGCAAGGCGUUUCUUUCGAUUAGCGCGAGGUAAGUGUUCUCUCAUUCGACGGUGUGGGUCCUACCGGGCUUGUCAGCCUUUCUGAAAAAACGCGUCGGCCUGACACAGGUCUGACUUUCUCGUUUCCUCCGCAUGUCAGAAUCCUGCAGAAAAGAAUCACCGAAAGCUCGUUUCCCCCGCUUGUGCUCAGAUGCGUUUCUCGCAUAUGCCUACGGGUGCUGCAUGCAAGGCCAAAAGUGCCUGAAGGGUCCACAGAGAGUCUAACUGACGCUCAUCGACAUGCGUUCUUGCUCAGUUGUGUGUGUAGCGCGGGUCUCCGUGCCCCGUUCUCCUCGGAGUGAUGCGCCGAGGUCUUCGCUCGACGAGCAGUCUCUGGAAACCUCUCUGGGGUUAAGCGACGGUGGUCGAGUCGAGAGGACUGUGACGAAUGGCGCUGAUGCAGACAAUGGCGUGGGUGAAAGCGAUCAAAACGGAGCUCCAGCGCUUCAUUUACGGGAAGCACCGGGGGAGAGCAGAGAAUUACGCGUUGACCGAAAGGACCAGGGCCCUCGGCAGGGGCAAGCGAUUGGAGAAGGAAUCAGAGUUUCUGAAGCGGAGUGUGUGUCCAGAGAGGAAACUGGAGAUAACGGAGAGAAGUGUGGAACCGAAGAACGAUCCGGCGCUUGCCGCGAACAGACACCGGUUGAUACAUGGAGUACUGUGGAGAAAAAGAAGACGGACAUAAAAAGCGGACUUCCGCUGUCUUCAGCCAAGUCAUACGAUACACACUUGCUUCGCUCGGUGGUCUACGCCAUUACCCUGAGAAAGAGAAAUUUGACGGCAACCCUCGACUCGGAAACGAACACCGAUGAGUCACUCUAUAGCACUACGCUUCCGUAGAAAGAAUUAAAGAGAAAGAAUGCGCUGGGUAUCAAUCUUGUUUUUCAGAGUGCUCAGUGCGUGUCCGAGCUUCAGUUUCAUCCUUGAGAGAACGGUAAUUCGCCGUGCGUGUCGAUUCUCGGUUUGAGAAACAGAAGCCCGCGUAGAGCUGGCGGUUUUAUUGCACGUCUGCGUAGCAGUGAGGAACACCGCGUCAUCGACUUUUGAAAGGCAAUAUAUGUCACGCCCAUCAUGUGCUUCGUCACUGGUAGCUACUGAGAGGGAAAAAUCCUCAAACGAAAACUCGAUAUACUUACAGGACAACCGCUGUUUUCAGAUAUCAUCUCAGAUGCGAGGGACCCCAUGAGCUGCUCUACUCUCAUGUGUCCCUGUACAUCGAUGGAAAGGAAGGACUAGCACCGUCAAGCUUCGCAAGAUUUGUCGAAACCGCAGGGCUUGCUGAAGAAAGUUGCGGGACCAGUCUGAACCCCGCAUCCAUUUGGCCGC